AAUGAAAGAAAUAAUAGAAAAAGCCGCACCAAACCUAAACUUACUAUCCCACCACCGAAAGUUUUCUGUGACUGAUAUCUGUCCACAGCAUGCAACCAAAGAAUUCGCCAGAAACUUCAGCUUUUCAUCAAGUUCCAGCGGGAAAUUGCUUCGUGUACGGAUUUCCGGCAAUGGAGAGUUACUGUAGUUCGUAUUUUUACCCGAUGGAGGUGCGGGAACUUAUGCAUGCUCCUGAAGCUGAAGCGUCACGAGCUCUUACUGCAUCUGAGAAUCAUAAAGAAGCUGAGAGGAAACGUAGAGAGAGAAUCAACUCUCAUCUGGAAAGGCUUAAGACCAUUCUUCUUUGCAAUUCUAAAACAGAUAAAGCUACACUUCUUGCUAAGGUGGUUGAACGAUUGAGAGAAUUGAAGCAGCAGACAUCAGAAAUAAUGCAAUUUGAUCAAACAUUACCUUCUGAGACUGAUGAAAUCACAGUUAUCCAAAAUGAACAUAGUUCUGCUGAUAGAAAAUCACUAAUCCAGGCUUCCCUUUGCUGUGAAGACCGAAUCAACCUCCUACCUGAUCUUAUCGAGGUACUGAAGUCGUUGCAUUUGAGUCCUUUGAGGGCAGAAAUUGUAACGUUGGGAGGAAGAAUCAGAAAUGUGAUAGUAAUGGCUGGUGAUAAAGAACAGACUGACGAAUCUGUUGUGCUUUUGAAAGAUGCGUUGAAAAAUCUAGUCCUACAUUCGAGUUAUGGAUCCGGGGGAAGUUCGAAAAGGCGAAGAAUACUGGGUGGCCAAAGAAUCAUAGGCUAGGGUAAGAUUAUAGGUGGAAAAAUUAAGUGAAAAGAAGUUCACCUUUUUUUCUUGAAUCUUGCUUGCAAAUUUUAGUGCAUUUUAAAGUUGGAUAGCUAUCUUGUAUUUGUGACUUGUUUCUAUGAUAAUUUUCCUUAAUUAUGUGAAACAUUGUCUUCAAUAAACCAAAUGUAAAAUUUUGUUUUUUAAGAUCAUUUUAUAUGUACUGGCCUGCAUUUGUAA